AAGAAAGCUGGGCGUCAGCUUUGGCGUGCAAUACAGAACAAGGCAAGUGUGCUAAUGGCCAUAACCAAAAGAAAUUUUUUCUGCUUUCUCGGCACAAGUAAAGAGAAAAUCAUAAAGGGUAAGAAAACAAUUGUGCGGAGGGAAAACCAAAGAAAGAAAAUUCCAACAAUGCUCUAACUUUGUGUAUAUAUGGGUGGAAUUUGAAUGGUCUUUUGCUCAUCAGGGUUCGUUUGGAGGAAAAGAAAAGGUAAAGGGAAAGUUGUGAUUAAUUGUGAUGGAAAGUGUGGGCUAUGAGCUUGGCUUUUGCGUGGGUUUGUCGUGUUAAUUCAGAUCACUUUGGUUGAGUGCGGGAAAGGAGAAACAGCUCUUGUUCUGACGGGUUUGUGGAUUUCAACUUCGAUUGGCAUUUGGUUUGAUGGAUACAUGGCGGCUUUGGUCCACGAUGACACAUGCAGUGUUCAUGCAUGGGCUUAAACCUAAAGAUUGAACUUUUUGUCACGGUCUUUUUCUAUGUUACAGGGUGAAGAACUCAAAAGCAGGGGGUGGAAAUGGUUAGCUUCACGCAUUUUUAGCUACGCUUGCACAAAAUAGAAGAAAGAUGCUUGUUGUCUACCGAUUUGGUGGUUUCUUCAACUGAUACCGAGAUGCUGUUUUCCGUUGCAGGUUUUCAAACUUCAACGGUAAAAGAAGACAUAUAUAUUGAUUUUAUAUGUAGCAUUUGGAACUUGAAGCCUUAAAAGAGUAUAGGAGGUCUUGGUGGCAUGAAUCUUUAAGCUUUAGUUAAAAGAAAAAAAGUGGUAACAAAGAAACAGAGAAAGCAGAGUCAGAGAGAUAAAGAAAUAGAGAGAAGUGGGUGCCGUCAGAUUUGUGCUUGUUGGGGUUUCUCUUGCUUGGGAAUUAUUUAGUGUAGGGAUUCUGUUGGCUAUGUCUCCUUUGCUGACCGGACGCACCCGCAGUCCGUGGGCUUUGCUGCCGACCAAGGAAACAACUUCUUCUUUGGCUAUCUUUCCAUUGAAGAGAACCCAUUAUUAAAAAUAAAAAAAGAAGAAAGAAAAUUUUCCAUCUCUCUCUCUCUCUCUCUCCUUGGUUGCAGUCAAGAUUCGGUCAUUUGGUCAUACCUGCGGCAUAUAUCCUUCCCCACUUUGAGAUCCUUUUCCCUUACCUUGAAGCCCAGAAAGUUGUUGCAUUCAGAAACUUGGUCCCCACACUUGAAGUAUCCUUUACCAUUUCUGGAAAAAUUUUCCUUGAUUCGUGAUAUGAUUGAUCAUUUGGGAUGCGUGGUGUCGAUUCCAGUGUCGUUGAUUUAGCAGUGAUUGGUUGAGUAGGGAAAGGGGCUAGUUUAUUGGUUUCAAAGGAGAAGUAGAUCUUCUCCUUUGCCGAGAUGAAGUUUAUGAAGCUUGGAUCAAAACCUGACUCCUUUCAGACUGACGGGAAAAAUGUCCGGUAUGUGGCGAAUGAGUUAGCAACUGAUAUCGUUGUUACUGCGGGGGACGUGAAGUUUUAUCUACAUAAGUUCCCACUUCUGUCGAAGAGUGCUUCUUUGCAAAAGUUGGUUGCCACCACUAGUGAGGAAAACAGUGAUGAAGUUCACAUUCAUGAUAUUCCUGGUGGAUCUGCUGCAUUUGAAAUAUGUGCCAAGUUCUGUUACGGCAUGACUGUUACCCUCAACGCUUAUAAUGUUGUUGCUGUUCGGUGUGCAGCCGAGUACCUGGGAAUGCACGAGUCUGUUGAGAAAGGGAAUCUCAUAUACAAGAUUCAAGUCUUUCUUAACUCGAGCAUUCUGCGUGGCUGGAAGGAUUCAAUCAUUGUUCUUCAGACAACAAAUUCUCUGUUACCAAUGUCUGAGGAACUAAAGAUUGUUAGUCACUGCAUUGCCUCUAUAGCCUCCAAGGCCUCUGUUGAUACCUCCAAGGUGGAUUGGUCCUACACGUAUAACUGUAAGAAAUUCUCAGAAGAAAAUGGAAAUGAACAAAAUUGGAAUGGUGUCAGAAAUAGACCAACUGUCCCUAAGGAUUGGUGGGUUGAGGAUUUGUGUGAACUUGAAACUGAUUUAUAUAAGCGAGUAAUAAUGAAUAUCAGUUCCAAAGGAAGAGUACCUAAUGAAGUGAUUGGAGAGGCCUUGAAAGCUUAUGCUUUCAGAAGAUUGCCGGGUUUUAGCAAAGGUACAAUCCAGUGUAGUGAUUUGGAGAGGAUUCGAUCAACAGUCGACAUGAUUGUAUGGUUGUUGCCUGCAGAGAAAGGCUGCAUCUCAUGCAGUUUCUUGCUCAAGUUGUUAAAAGCAGCCAUCCUUGUGGAUUCGGGAGAAUUGGCAAAAAGAGAGCUAACAAAGAGAAUUGGGCAGCAACUGGAGGAGGCCUCUAUUAAUGAUCUUUUAAUACGAGCACCAGAAGGGGAAACUACAAUCUAUGAUGUUGAUAUAGUGCUGAAACUAGUAGAGGAGUUUCAAAUGCAAGAUCCGACUGCUGAAAUUGAAUCAGCAGUGGGCUGCGAGCUACAGGAGAUAAGAAGGCCAGGCAUAUUAUCAGAUGCUUCCAAGCUGAUGGUGGCAAAGCUGAUUGAUGGGUACCUUGCUGAAAUUGCAAAGGAUCGAAAUCUACCUCUGUCAAAGUUUGUGGAACUUGCGGAGAUGAUCUCUGGUUUCUCUAGGCCUGCGCAUGAUGGGCUUUACCGGGCCAUUGACAUGUAUCUCAAGGAGCACCCUGGGAUCAGCAAGAGUGAAAGGAAGAGGAUAUGCAAGCUGAUGGACUGCAAGAAGCUUUCAGUAGAUGCCUGCAUGCAUGCCGUGCAAAAUGAAAGACUUCCCUUGCGUGUGGUUGUUCAGGUGCUCUUCUUUGAGCAGGUCCGGGCUGCUGCCUCAUCUGGCAGCAGCACUCCAGACCUACCCAAUGGCAUUAAGAAUCCAAAUGGCGGCUCCAGUGGAAGCUCAAAAUCAGCAACAACUAACACAGAUGAAGACUGGGAUGGUGUGGCCACAGCUGAGGAGCUCAAAGCCCUCAAGAGGGAGCUAGCUUCAUUAAGGCUGGGGAGCAGAGGGGUUGGAAGUGAGAGAAAUGGCGGAGAUAGUAAAAGUAGUACUGUCGACAAAGCGACUGUUGGUAAAAUGAAAGGGUUGCUUUCGUCGAAGAAGAUAUUUGCAAAGAUCUGGUCUGGCAAAGGGUGGCAUGGCGAGAAUAGCGGCUCAGAGUCAUCUGAGAGUCUUGGUUCUGCAAACCCUGAUGAAACUAAAUCCACACCCUCCAGAAACCAGAGGCAUUCUGUCUCUUAAUAGAAAUAAGUUGGUGGGGGAUCAAUUGCUUGCCGUUCUGUUUAUUGCUGAGAAAAUUCAGGUAACUCCAUUGUUGAUGGUUCCAUACCAAUUUCAGUUUGAUCACUGAAUCAUAGCCCAUUGGAGUUGAGACACAUGUCCAUGCAUUCAAUUAUGCUGAAAAUAUUUUGAUCGUGCUGCUGCAAGCGCAUCAUGCCAUCUGUUUUCCCAAAUGAAGGGCAUCAAUUUACCAAUUAAGCUGAUUUUUGUUGAGGCAAAUAAUUCUUUUUUUGUCUUUCCACCGUCUAUAUUUGCUGGGUUCCAAAGUUCUGCCCGGCAUAACAUGGCCUAAUGUCAAUUGCAUUGGUCUUCAGUCCAAGAAACUCCCCGACAAUCUGAGAAUGGAAGGAAAUGCAGACGCUGCUAUUUUCUUUUCUUUGUUCUGGGUAUGGCAUCCAUUGCUUUUUCACAGACAAAUCAAAGCAAUCUUCAUCAUAUUUGAGUAAAUUUGAGGGGGGAAGUUUUCAUUUGUACAUUAGAAUGGUAGCUGAAAAGUAGGAGCCUAAUUAUGUUGCAAGGAGUUCUGCUUA